AUGACUCCCUGCCCAUUACCCCCACCAGUUGAUAUACCCAACUCCCCAAACACCGUUGAAGUCUACAUCAUCGACACAACGAGCUUCAUGAGCGGGUUCCCCGCCUCAACCUUUGUUGAACCCCUCGUACCGGGUUUUGACACUAUCAACGUUGGAUCAUACUCCUUCCUGAUCAAACACCCUGGUCCCAACACGAAAUAUGAUACCAUGGUGUUUGACCUCGGAGUGCGGAAGGAUUGGGAGAUUCUCCCAGAGACGUUUGUCGCUGGUAUUAAGGGAAGUGGGUGGUUCAAGAGCAAUAUGAUACCUGCCUAUCCCACUGUCAGGGACUCGCAUGUCAAUGAAACAGCUUGGGAGGGUCGUGACUUAGUAGAGAUUGACUUUAAAGGAGAAAAGUCUUUGUAA